CUAUGUCUACAGAUCUAUUUCUGCGGCUGAGCUCAACGCCAUGUGACGAGGCAGUGAGCAGCGCUGCACCCCGCGCUGACCAACUGCAUCUUAGCGCCUGAAAUCAAAUGAAUUAUGUUGGACUGUCUACUGUCCGAGAAAAUGUUUUUGCCAAAGCAACUCAAAUCUACGUUUCUUUUAUUAUGCUUUGAAAUGACAAAUUAAAUGCUAGUAAUGCACACAACAGUUGCAGUGAAGGACUUUUUAUGAUGCGUUUCCUGUAACUAGAUUAGAAUCCACACUUUCAGAAUCUGUAAAUAACUCACAUCGUGGUUGUUUUAUCAUGGCCAGUCCCAUUUACCAAACAGUGCCCCCUUCAGGUUAGGAGGAACAACAACAGUGAGUUAGGAGGCCAAUGUUUGCAUUUCAGGCUGUAGAUGUUAGGAAGUCGUGUUCGGUGGUCCGAGUAAAGGGGGCUAGCAGAACCAGGUCAGCCUGGAGACGUUUGAGAAACUAAAGGAAUGAAAGGAGAGAGAACCGGACAUGUGGAGCGAAGGAGACGGAUCAGGCAGGGUUUGGCCCCGCCCACUCUGUGGUCUGCAGGCCUUGGUAACUGCAGGUCAUGUGUUGACCUCUCCAGAGCUCUGCUCCCCCCACCUGUUCAGGUGUUGUCUGUGUCUCGUGCCCCGCCCCCUGCAGGCGAUCAGGACGAGUCGCUGUGUCAGACCUUCCUGACCCAGAUGAAGGACCUGCGUCUGCGUCUGGAGCGCUGCGAGAACAAAACGCUGACGCGUCUGCGGCAGCCGGCCGACGGCGAGCCGCUGAGGGCCUGCGCCGCCAAGACGGCCGAGCAGAUGAAGGUCCAGACUGAGCUGGAGGGCCUGCAGAAGGAGCUCGGCGCCGUCGCUGAGAAGACGGAGGCGGUUCUGGCGGGUCCACAGCCGACCGGCGCCGGUCCGAUUUUGCGCUCCGAGCUGGACCUGACCCUGAAGAAGAUGGAGGCCGUCUACGGCCUGUCCACCGUCUACCUGGACAGGCUGAAGACCAUCGACGUUGUGAUCAGGAACGCCAACGAUGCCGAAGAGUCGCUGCAGAGCCUGGAGUCGCGCCUGCGGGACGCGGCCAAGGUUCCGGCGUCGGAGCCGGAGGUGGAGGAGCAGCGCGGCCAGCUGAAGGCGCUGCGCGGCGAGGCCGAGGCCGACCGGGCCGUCUCCGACCGGCUGCAGGACGAGCUGCGGCGCGCGGCCGCCGUCGGCGACACGACGAGCCGGAUCCACGGCGAACGCGACGACGAGCUGGAGCGGUACCGGCGGCUGGCGGCCGACCUGCUGGAGCGCCGGCAGAACCUGCUGGCCCAGACGGACCUGCGGCUGCGGGAGCUGCAGCAGCUGCAGCGCCGCAUGCGCAGCCACAGGGAGAGCUGCGACUCGCUGAGCCGCUGGCUGGAAGACGUCCGGCGGAGACACCAGGACGUCCAGGACGUCCCCAUCGGAGACGGAGCGGCGCUGCGGGACCGGCUGGUCCAGGAGGAGAAACUCCUGGAGGAGAUGAAGAAGAACCGAGACGAAGUGGAGAGUUGUUAUAAAAACGCCACGGCGUACAUCGACUCCAUCAAGGAUUACGAGCUGCUGGUGCUGACCUACAGAGCGCUGCAGGAUCCCUCGGCUUCUCCUCUGAAGAAACCACGGAUGGAGACUUCCUCCGAUGGCGUCAUCCAGGAGUACGUGUCGCUGCGGAGCCGCUACAGCGAGCUGAUGACGCUCGCCGCACAGAGCGUCCGCUUCGUCACCGACGCGCAGCGCCGCCUGGAGGCCGACCAGAAAACAUCGGAGCAGCUGAAAGAAGAGGAGAGGAGGAAGCUGGCCGAGGUUCAGGCCGAGUUGGACAAGCAGAAGCGGCUGGCUGAAGCUCAGGCUCAGUCGGCAGCCAGGGCGGAGCAGGAGGCGCAGGAGCUGAAGCUGCAGAUGCAGCAGGAGGCCAGCAGGAGGCAGGGCGCCGCCGCCGACUCCGAGCAGCAGAAGAAGAACAUCCAGCAGGAGCUGCAGCAGCUGAGGAGUCUGUCGGAGCAGGAGGCCAGGUCCAAGAGCCAGCAGCUGCAGGAGGCGCUGGACAGCCGCUCCAAGAUCGAGGAGGAGAUCCGCCUGGUCCGCAUCCAGCUGGAGACCACCAUGAGGCAGAAGACCUCCGCCGAGUCCGAGCUGCAGAGCCUCCGGGACCGGGCCGCCGAGGCCGACACGCUCCGCAGGGCCGCUCAGGACGAGGCGGAGCGGCUCCGCAGGCAGGUGGCAGAGGAGACCCAGAAGAAGAAAACCGCAGAGGAAGAGCUGAAGCGCAAAGCGGAAGCCGAGAGGGAGGCGGCCAAGCAGAAGCAGAAAGCCUUGGAGGAGCUGCAGAGGUUCAAAACGCAGGCGGAGGAGGCGGAGCGGCGCGUGAAGCAAGCCGAGGAGGAGCAGCUGAGGCAGGUCAAGGUGGUGGAGGAGGUAGCACAGCGGAGCGCCGCCACCCAGAUGCAGACCAAGGCCUCGAUGUUCACAGAGAAGACCACCCAGCUGGAGGAGUCGCUGAAGAAGGAGCAGGGCGCGGUGCUGCAGCUGCAGGAAGAAGCCGAGCGGCUGAGGAGGCUGCAGGAUGAAGCCGACAGAGCCAGGCAGCAGGCGGAGCAGGAGCUGGAGACGUGGAGGCAAAAAGCCAACGAGGCGCUGCGCCUGCGGCUGCAGGCCGAGGAGGAAGCCCAGAAGAAGAGCCAGGCUCAGCAGGAGGCCGAGCGGCAGAAGGCUGAAGCCGAGCGAGACGCCAAGCGGAGGACCAAGGCGGAGGAGGCGGCGCUGAAGCAGAAGGACAGCGCCGAGAAGGAGCUGGAGAAGCAGCGGCAGUUCGCCGAGCAGAUUGCUCAGCAGAAACUGUCUGCGGAGCAGGAGUGCAUCCGCCUCAAGGCUGACUUUGAGCACGCCGACCAGCAGAGAGCGCUGCUGGACAGCGAGCUGCAGCGGCUGAAGAACGAGGUGGCCGCCGCAGAGAGCCAGAGGAAACAGCUGGAGGAUGAGCUGGCCAGGGUCCGUGGAGAGAUGGACACCCUGCUGCAGAUGAAGGUCACAGCUGAGCAGGAGACGCUGUCCAAGUCGGAGAAGAGCAAGCAGCUGCUGGAGUCAGAGGCUCUGAAGAUGAAGCAGCUGGCCGAGGAGGCGGCGCGGCUCCGAGCCGUCGCCGAGGAGGCCCAGAGGCAGCGGCAGAGGGCCGAGGAAGAGGCGGCACAGCAGAGGGCCGAGGCAGAGAAGAUCCUCAAGGAGAAGCUGGCCGCCAUCGACGAGGCCACGCAGGUGAAGACGCAGGCAGAGAUCGCCCUGAAGGCCAAGGAGGCCGAGAACGAGAGGCUGAAGAGGAAGGCUGAGGAAGAGGCGUAUCAGAGGAAGCUCCUGGAGGACCAGGCCGCCCAGCACAAGCAGCAGAUCGAGGAGAAGAUGAGUCAGCUGAAGGGCUCGUCCGAAUCCGAGCUGGAGAGACAGAAGACGGUGGUGGAGGAAACUCUGAGGCAGAAGACCGUGGUGGAGGAGGAGAUCCGCAUCAUCAGGCUCAACUUUGAGAAAGCAGCAAAGGAGAAGUCCAGCCUGGAGCAGGAGCUGAAGAAGCUGAAGGAUGCUGCAGAGCAGACGCAGAAGAGCAGGCUGAAGGCCGAAGAAGAGGCGGAGAAACUGAAACAACUGGCAGCAAAGGAGGAGAAGAAGAGGAAGGAAGCUGAGGAGAAGGUGAAGAGGAUCACUGCAGCAGAAGAAGAGGCGGCUCGCCAAUGCAAGGCUGCUCAGCAGGAAGUGGAGCGGCUCAAGAAGAAGGCGGAAGAAGCCAACCAGCAGAGGAGCAACGCCGAGAAAGAGGCGGAGAGGCAGGUGGUCCUGGCCAACGAGGCGGCGCAGAAAUGCAGCGCUGCAGAGCAGAAGGCCCAAAACGUCCUGAGCAAGAACAAAGAGGACGUCCUCUCUCAGGAGAAGCUCAGAGACGAGUUUAACAACGCAAAGAAGCUCGCCGAAGUCGCUGAGAAGGCCAAAGAGAAGGCCGAGAAAGAGGCGGCGUUGCUUCGCCAGAAAGCCGAGGAGGCCGAGAAGCAGAAAAAAUCUGCAGAAGAAGAAGCCGCGAAACAGGCCAAGGCUCAACAAGAUGCAGAGAGACUGAGGAAGGAGGCGGAGGACGAGGCAUCGCGGCGGGCGGCAGCCGAAGCUGCGGCGCUGCAGCAGAAGCAGCAGGCGGACGCAGACAUGGCCAAACACAAGAAGGAGGCGGAGCAGGCGCUGAAGCAGAAGUCUCAGGUAGAGAAGGAGCUGUCAGCCAUCAAGCUGCAGCUGGAGGAAACGGACAAGCAGAAGGAGCUUCUGGACGCUGAGCUGCAGAGAGUUAAAGGAGAAGUCAACGACGCCGUCAAACAGAAAGCGCAGGUGGAGCAAGAACUCUCCAGAGUCAAGAAUCAGAUGGACGAGCUCCUCAAAGGCAAACUGAAGAUCGAGGAGCAAAACCGCCUCCUCCUGCAGAAAGACCAAGACAACACCCAGAAGUUGCUCCAGGAGGAGGCCGAGAAGAUGCAGCACCUGGCAGCAGAGGCCGCUCGGCUCGCAGUGGAGGCUGAAGAUGCAGCCAGGCAGAGGCAGGCGGCUGAGGCAGACCUUGCUGAGCAGAGAGCGCUCGCUGAGAAGAUGCUGAAGGAGAAGAUGCAGGCCAUCCAGGAGGCCACAAGACUGAAGGCUGAAGCUGAGGAGCUGCAGAAGCUGAAGGACCAGGCCCAGGAGACGGCUAAAAAACUGCAGCAGGACAAACAGCAGAUCCAGCAGCGCCUCCAUAAGGACACCGAAGACUUCCAGAAAUCUCUGGAAGCGGAGCGCUCCAGGCAGCUGGAAGCGUCUGCUGAGGCAGAGAAGCUGAAGCUCAGAGUCAUGGAGCUCAGCGCCGCCCAGACGAAAGCCGAGGGCGAGGUCAAGAAGUUCAGGAAGCAAGCCGAUGAAGCUAGAGCUCGUCUGCAGGAGACCGAAAAACAGGCAACGGAAACCACGGUGCAGAAGCUGGAGACACAGAGGCUGCAGAGCACCAGAGAGGCCGACGAUCUGAAGAGAGCCAUCGCUGAGCUGGAGGACGAGAAGAAGAAGCUGAGAAAAGAUGCUGAGGAGCUGCAGAAGAAAACCCAGCAGAUGGCGACCGCCCAGCAGGAGCAGAUUGAGCAGCAGAAGGUCAUCCUUCAACAGUCGUUCCUCAGUGAGAAGGAGCUGCUGCUGAAGAGAGAGCGAGCCAUUGAAGACGAGAAGAAAAAGCUGGAGAAGCAGUAUGAGGAGGAGGUGAAGAAGGCCAAGGCGUUCAAAGAAGAACAGGAGCGCCAGCGCGCUCUCAUGGAGGAGGAGAGGAAGAAGCUGCAGGCCGUGAUGGACGUGGCUGUGAAGAAGCAGAAAGAGGCAGAAGAAGAGAUGAAAGCCAAGCAGAGGGAGGUGGAGGAGCUUGAGAAGAAGAGGCUGGAACAAGAGAAACUCCUGGAGGACGAGAACAAGAAGCUCAGAGAGAAACUCCAGAGCCUGGAAGGAGCUUCUAAAACGGGAACAACCAAAACUAAGGAAAUGGAAGUUCAGACGGAUGACGUUCCCGAGGAGCAGCUGGUCUCCAUGACGAUUGUGGGAACAACCAGAGAGGUUCUGAAUGGUGCCGUCGAAGUGGGCGGGGUGAAGAAAGAUGGAGGAUCUCCUUACACAUUUGAUGGAAUCAGAGAGAAGGUUCCUGCAGAGAGACUCUUUGACCUCGGUGUCCUGACCAAGAAGGACAUGGACAAACUAAGAAAAGGCAAAGUCACCGUGCAGGAGCUGGAGAAGACGGACAAAGUUCGAUGGUGUCUGAAGGGCCAGAACUGCGUUGGAGGCAUCCUGACUCCAUCUAAGGCGAAGAUGAGCAUCUACAACGCCAUGACAGAAAACAAGAUCACUCCGGACUCUGCCACCAUGCUUCUGGAGUCUCAAGCAGCUUCAGGCUUCAUUGUUGAUCCGGUGAAAAAUAAACUUCUGUCUGUAGACGAGGCUGUUAAGGAGGAGUUAGUUGGGCCUGAGCUCCACAACCGGAUGCUUUCUGCUGAGCGCGCAGCCACUGGCUUUAGAGAUCCGUACACUGGAGCCAGAAUCUCUCUGUUUGAGGCCAUGAAGAAGGGCCUCAUUGAUAAAGAGCAAGCCACCAAAUUCCUGGAUGUGCAGCUCGCCACGGGUGGGAUAGUGGAUCCCAUCAACAGUCACAGAGUCCCGCUUCAGGCAGCUUACAAGCAAGGCCACUUUGAUGCAGACAUGAACAAGAAACUCACGGAUCCCAGUGAAGAGUCCAAGUCAUUCACUGACCCCAGCACUCAGGAGCCACUCACCUACAAACAGCUGCUGGAGAGAUGCACUAAAGACCCAGACACCGGCCUGCUGAUGUUACCGGUGACCGAAAGAGCCGGUCAGAGAGAGAGAACCCUCACGGAUAUGGAGACUAAAGAGGUGUUCAGCAGAUCCAAUGUUGAUGUUCCGUUCGGAAAGUUCAAAGGAAAGACUGUCACCAUCUGGGAGGUGAUAAAUUCAGAGUAUUUCACAGAGGAGCAAAGAAGAGAACUGAUCCGUCAGUACAAGACAGGCAAGAUCACCGUAGAGAAGGUCAUCAAGAUCGUCAUCACUGUUGUGGAAGACAAGGAGAAGGACAGUGGAAAUGUCUUCAAUGGUCUGAGGGCUCCAGUGAGCGCCGCUGAGCUGCUAGAGUCUAAGAUUAUAAACAAAGACUUGUUCAACAAGCUGAGCAAUGGGAAGAUCUCAGUUAAAGAAGUUUCUGAGAUGGAUGCUGUGAAGAAAGCUCUGCAAGGAACGCCCAGCAUCGCAGGUCUCCUGAAUGAACCAACCAAAGAGAAAAUGCCGUUCUAUCAAGCCUUGAAAAAGGAAUUACUCUCCCCAGAGACGGCUGUAAAUCUCCUCGAAGCUCAAGCAGCAACAGGAUUUAUGAUAGAUCCUGUGAAAAAUGAGCGUAUGCCUGUCGAUGAAGCUGUUAAAUCAGGUCUUGUUGGUCCAGAGCUGCACGAACGCCUCCUGUCAGCAGAGCGAGCCGUCAGCGGCUACAGAGAUCCCUACACAGGGAAAAAGGUGUCCGUUUUUGAAGCCAUGAGCAAAGGCCUGGUAAAGAAAGACCAAGGCAUCCGUCUGCUGGAAGCUCAGCUCUCAACAGGAGGAGUUAUCGAUCCCAUUAAAAGCUGUCGCAUCCCUAAUGAAGUGGCCUGUAAGCGAGGAUACUUUGAUGAAGAAAUCGACAAGACUCUGAAUCAAAACACAGACGAGACAAAAGUUUUUUAUGAUCCCAACUCACAGCAGGAUGCCACCUACGCACAACUCAUGUAUAAAUGCGUCACAGACAAAGAAACUGGAUUGCCAUUACUUCCUCUGUCAAAGAAGGCUCCAAAGCCGAAGGAGGACAAACGCAUAACAGAGGCCAAAACGAAAGAGGCCCUAAGCCAGAAGACAGUGGAGCUGGAAUAUGGACCCUUCAAAGGAAGAAAAGUCACAAUCUGGGAAAUCAUAAACUCUAAGUACAUCACUGAGGAACAGAGACUGGAGCUGAUCCGUCAGUACAGGAUGGGACUGGUAACAAUCGAGAAGCUCAUAAAGAUUGUGAUAACAACCAUUGAUGAAAAAGAGGACAAAACCAAGGAAGAAGCUUGUUUUGAAGGCCUGAGAGAACCAGUCACCGCCAGCUCUCUGUUUGAUUCCAACAUCAUUGACAAGGCCACAUUUGACCAACUCCAGCAGGGUAAGAAGGCUCCCAAAGAGGUUGGUCAGACUGACAGAGUCAGAAAGUACCUGCAUGGCACUGACCGCAUCGAUGGCGUCGCCAUGGAAGGCUCAGAUGAGAAGUUAAGCAUUUAUGAAGCUAUGAAACGGCGUGUUUUACAGCAUAGCACUGGACUGGCUCUUCUUGAGGCCCAAGCUGGUACCGGAUUUAUAACCGAUCCAGUAAAAAACCAGAAAUAUUCUGUGGAUGAUGCUGUGAAGGCUGGAGUUGUUGGUCCUGAGCUUCAUGAGAAACUUCUGUCAGCUGAAAAAGCAGUGACGGGAUACAAAGACCCAUAUACGGGCAACAAGAUCUCCCUGUUCCAGGCCAUGAAGAAGGAACUGGUGUUAAGGGAGCAUGCUAUUCCUAUUCUAGAAGCUCAGAUCACAACUGGUGGAAUAAUCGAUCCAGUCAGCAGCCAUCGGGUUCCCAGUGAUGCAGCCAUCCAGCGUGGCUUCUUCAGCAAAGAAAUGUUGAAAUCAUUCAGUGAAGAGACAGGUGACAUGAAAGGCUUCACCAACCCCAACACCAACCAACGGGUAACUUACAGCCAGCUGCUGGAGAAAUGCAGAAGAGACCCCAACACUGGUCUGUGCUACCUGCCUCUGUCAAAAGUUGAAGCUCCUGCAGUGACCGAGAAAUCCUAUGAGUACACAGAGGAGCAAGCUCAACAAGACCUAGCCAACACUCAGAUUGAGAUCCCUCAUCAGAGCUUUGCAGGAAAGAGCUUAACCAUCUGGGAGGUGAUGAACUCAAACUUGCUUCCUGAAGAGGAGAGGCGGCGGCUCCUGGAGCAGUACCGCCUGGGCCAGAUCACAAAGGAAAGGAUGCUCAUCAUCAUCAUCGAAAUCAUUGAGCAAAGAGAAACUCUGAAGCUGGAGCAUAGCAUGUCAUGUGACGUGAUCAGGAGAAAGGUUACUAUCGAGGAGCUGUUCAGCGCUCGGAUUAUUGACCUGCAGACGUACAAUCUCCUGAAACAGGAGAAGAUGAGCGUCCAGGAGGUGAUGGAGAUGCCGUCAGUGAAGCAGUACCUCUUUGGAACAGGUUGCAUUGCGGGAAUCAUGUCAGACAGUCCUCCUAAAAUCAGCAUUUACCAGGCUAUGAAGAAUGGCCAGAUAAAGCCUGAAGUCGCUGUGAAACUUCUCGAGGCGCAGGCAGCAACAGGAUUCAUGAUCGACCCUGUGAAAGAUGAGCUCCUAACCGUUGAUGAAGCUGUACGCAAGGGUCUUGUUGGGCCUGAGAUCCAUGACAAACUGCUCUCAGCUGAGCGUGCAGUAACAGGAUACAAGGAUCCGUACAGCGGAAAAGUCAUUUCUCUCUUCCAGGCCAUGAAGAAAGACCUGGUUUCCGAAGAAUAUGCCUUGAGGCUUUUGGAAGCCCAGAAUGCCACUGGAGGACUGAUGGAUCCGGAGUACUACUUCCACCUUCCCCUAGAUGUGGCCAUGCAGCGUGGCUACAUUAACAAAGAAACCCUUGACAGGAUAACUGAACCUACGGCGGACAUCCGAGGUUACAUUGACCCAACAACAGAUGAGAAACAGACUUACGCUCAGCUGCUGAAGAGAUGCAGGGUUGAUAAAGAAAGUGGACUCCAGCUGCUUUCCCUGGCAGACAGACGACUUCUCUUCAAGGGUCUCAGAAAAACCAUUCCUGCAGAUGAGCUCCUCCGUUCACAGAUUAUUGACCAGAAGACCUACAGCGAGCUCAUUGAAGGCAUCAUCACGGUGGAGGAGGUCAGCAGAGACCUGAAGAAGUACCUCGAGGGCACCAGCUGCAUAGCAGGCGUUUAUGUCGAAUCUACCAAAGACCGUCUUUCUAUUUACCAAGCAAUGAAGAAGAACAUGAUCAGGCCGGGAACCGCCUUUGAGCUGCUUGAAGCUCAAGCUGCUACAGGAUAUGUGAUUGACCCCAUCAAGAACCUGAAACUGAAUGUCACAGAGGCUGUUAAAAUGGCCGUUGUUGGCCCAGAGUUUAAAGACAAACUCCUCUCAGCUGAACGAGCCGUCACAGGCUACAGAGACCCUUACUCUGGCCAGGUAGUCUCUCUGUUCCAGGCUAUGAAAAAGAAUCUGAUUCUGAAAGACCAUGGCAUUCGCCUGCUGGAGGCCCAGAUCGCUACCGGGGGGAUCAUCGAUCCCCAGGAGAGCCACCGUUUGCCCGUUGAAACAGCAUAUGAACGUGGCCUCUUUGAUGAGGAAAUGAACACGAUUCUCACUGAUCCCUCUGAUGACACAAAGGGCUUCUUUGACCCAAACACAGAGGAAAACCUCACCUACCUGCAGCUGAUGGAGAGAUGCAUGACUGACCCAGAGACCAGCCUUCGUCUCCUGCUGCUGAAAGAGAAGAAACGCGAGAGGAAGACGUCGUCCAAGUCUUCGGUUCGUAAACGAAGGGUUGUCAUUGUCGAUCCAGAAUCAGGCAAAGAGAUGUCCGUUUAUGAAGCGUACCAAAAAGGUCUGAUUGAUCACCAGACCUAUAUAGAGCUUUCAGAGCAGGAGUGUGAGUGGGAGGAGAUAACGAUAACCUCCUCGGAUGGAGUCGUAAAGUCCAUGAUCAUCGACAGAAGGUCUGGACGGCAAUAUGACAUUGACGAUGCCAUCACAAGAGGCCUGAUAGAUAAGUCUGCUCUGGAUCAGUACCGAGCCGGAACCCUGUCCAUCACAGAGUUCGCAGACAUGCUGUCUGGAAACAUGAGCGGCAGUAGAUCACGCUCAUCUUCCUUUGGCUCCUCUUCCUCCUACACCGCCAGCCCGGUGCCUUCCAUAAAAACUCCCGCAACCACGUGGAAUGACCCAACUGAGGAGACCGGGCCUGUGGCCGGGAUACUGGACACAGACACACUGGAGAAGGUUUCCAUCACAGAGGCUAUUCACCGAAAUCUUGUGGACAACAUAACAGGUCAAAGGCUCCUGGAAGCUCAGGCCUGCACUGGAGGGAUCAUUGACCCGAACACAGGAGAGAAGUUCUCUGUGGCUGAUGCAAUGAAUAAAGGGCUGGUGGAUAAGAUCAUGGUGGACCGCAUCAGUUUAGCCCAGAAGGCGCACAAUGGGUUUGAAGAUCCCCGAACUAAGAGCAAAAUGUCUGCUGCUCAAGCUCUGAAGAAAGGAUGGCUUUACUACGAAGCCGGACAGCGGUUCCUUGAGGUCCAGUAUCUCACCGGUGGGCUGAUUGAACCAGAUGCUUCUGGUAGAGUCUCCAUUGAUGAGGCUUUGAAGAAGGGCACCUUAGACGCCCGCACCGCCCAGAAGUUACGAGAUGUCAGCGCGUAUUCCAAGUACCUCACCUGCCCCAAAACCAAGCUCAAGAUCUCCUACAAGGACGCCAUGGAGAGAAGCAUGACCGAGGAGGGAACCGGUCUGCGGCUGCUCGAAGCUUCGUCUCAGUCCACCAAAGGCCUUUACAGUCCGUAUAGCAUCAGCGGCUCUGGCUCUGCGACCGGAUCCCGUUCUGGUUCCAGAACCGGCUCCAGGUCCGGCUCCCGGAGAGGAAGCUUUGAUGCCACAGGGUCGAGUUUCACAACAACCUUCUCGUCGUCAUCCUACGGUUCGCCGAGCUACAGCCGGCGGUACUGAGCAGGAGGCGGAGCAACGCUCACCAGAUGCCUGCAUCCCUGUGGAAUAAAGACCUCCUUUAUUCUGCUCUGCAUGGGGGUGUUAGAAAAAACUUUCCUUUUUCCACCAAUAUAUUCAUUCGCUUUAUUGUAUAUCUUACACUGUAUGGCACCUCAUCAGAUCCAUUGUCAUGUACUGUAAGCAGUACAGCCGACCACCUAACAGGACUAACAGUUUUAAAAUAAACAUCUAGUCUUCUGGAAACACAUUUAUUUCCUAGAAAAAUCGUUAGCAGAACCAGACUGGAUGUACAAACUAGGGUUUCUGAACAUGUAUAUUUCUGAAAGGACAAAAAGCUUCUCUGCAGAGCAGAAUAUGGAGUCUAUCGAUAGUCUGCCUCAAGAACGCCAAGCUUCAAGAUCUUCUCUCUCCUGAGCCACACUGCCAUAUUUACACUAUAAACCCAACUUCAUAACCAUGAACCCUGCAGUCGGAGCAACAUGUGCACACUGUGAGAUGGACACAUAGCAAGAGAGACCUGGGGACACUUUGACCAACACCAAUAAAUCCCUGCUGUUCUGAAUGGCAGAAAGGAAACGCCUUCGGCCUUCAGCUGGUCUCUGCUCAGACAUCAGCGCUGGACUCCAGCGGACGCUGCUCCUGCUCGGUCUGCUUGCUUAGCAAAUGCUCCUCGCCUUUCACUGGGAGACGCUGCAGACCUCAAACUGGUGAGCAGGUUUCCAGUCCGGCUGCAGAAGAAACACCGAAACUUGUUAGCCAAGAUUAAGAUCAUAACAUUGACUUUAUUUCCCAGGCGAUUUAUGGCGACGGUAGCGAUGAUUAGUAAAACAUUUCUUUGGGAAAGAUCUUCAAGCUUCGCAGCUCAGCCAGUUUUUAUAUUUGACACUAAACAGCCUCGUUUUGAUGGUAGAGCAGCACAUUUGAUCUAUAGCUCCUUUUAUUUUCAUACUCUAUAUUUCUGCUUUGCAUGAUUUACUAACAUAUAAAGACAUAACAGCUAUAUCCUUUAAAAGCUUAUGUUUUGCUGUGUUUGAGGGUUGAAGGAUGUUUUAGAGUCAUCCAGCCUUGUUGGUGUAUUUAUAACUAAAUGAGACGAGAACAUUUAUUGUUGCACAUUAAGCCUGUAAAUAAACACAAAAAUGAAAAGAACUAAA